CCGGUGGUUCCGGUGGGGGGCGCCAGCUGCACCAACUCUCAGCCAGACCGCAAGACAUGUGGCUGAGACUUUCUGAAAGCUACGCUCCGUUAUUUGGCAAAAACAAUUCCCGGAUAGUACCAUUCGUCAGCACUUCGUAGCAGGAGUUGGGACGCUUAAAACUAUUUACUACGUGCAGAGCAGCUGCAGCAGCACUUAAAAGUGGUGAUCAGGACAGCGCGGACAUGACUGGAGCUGGAAGUGGCGGCCAGGGCCCGCCUGACGGGGCGGAUGCUGAGGAGGCGGAGAGGUGUCCUAUCUGCCUGGGCGUCUUGGCAGGAGGCGAGCUCGCCAUGCCCGACAGCUGCUGCCACGUCUUCUGCCUCCGAUGCCUCCUCACGUGGGCAGAGUUGCAGACGGCUCCUUCCUGCCCAGUGGACAGACGACCUUUCACUAAUGUUUACAGAUGGGACGGGAACCUCAGCUGUGUACAGGUUCCUGUGAGGAAGCGGACAACUCAACCUGAAGCUGAGAGCUGCUGCUGUAGAAACCCAGAACAAAAAGUCUGUAUGAAAAGCAAGCCCAUGAGAAGAUCGAGACGGCAAAAAGUGGAGCGGACGGCAGACGCCAAAACAAAGGGGCUCGUGAGGAAAUGUAACGAUGAUGACCCCUCAUCACUGAGCAGGAAAAAGGUGAGAGGAACAGAGUGCUGCACAUGGUCACCGUCUCCUUGUGUGUCAUUAAUGACGGCAUCGGCUCAGGACGUUGUGGAGCCUGUUUGGGCGGCAGAUGACGUACCGUAUGACACCACGUUCAAACAGUGCAAACCCCAGGCACAAGACUGUCCGUGGCUCUCUCCAGCUGCUCCCAUCCCCGCUGACGGCUCCUCAAGGCAGAGUUUCCAUCCCAGUGGGUGGAACCACAGCCCAUUUCCAUUUGGUCUAUGCUCAUCUCCCUUCACCUCUGCUACACUGUUUGGGCCCGGUCAUUUUGUGUUUCAAGGUGUCGUCUGCGCCAUCACAUGUCCCAAAGGAGGAGAGAAGAGAGGCGGUCGAGCUUCAACCUCCAAAGCUCCCACCAAAGAGGCCGAGUCUGUACCAGCCCGCCGAUCUGGACGACACAGUAAAAGCCAAGAAGAAGCUCCUGUAUCUGCCCCAUCAUCACAACAGUCCAACUCGUCCGACUCAGACUCGUCUACCGGCCAGACUGCCAAGUCAGGCAGGGGUUCUCAGGCUCCGGCAAAGAGGAAGGGCAAACAGGUAACAAACCGAAAGGCCAGUGGGAAACGGAAAGCCCCAACAAGAAAAAAACGAUCUCCUGAAGUUGUUAGCAGCCCGGCAGCAAGUGAGGAGGAGGAAGAUGGUGAUGUGGCUGACAACGUGGACAAAGAGGAGGAGGAAGACAAAACGGAUAAGGAGCAGGAUUUCAACAACUCAGAGCAGCCACAGUCUGAUGCUGAAGAGAACCUCGAUAAAGAGCAGGAUGGUGUCAACUCUACUGAUGAGCAAGAAGACGCCGAACCUUUGAGUAACGAUGUCGGACAGGACAGUGAUGAGCCUCAGGAACAAUCGAAUGAACAUGAACAGAAACUGGAUGAGGGAGACAACGACCUGUCUUGUCCCUCGGAGCGUGAGGAGCUGUCAGCAGCAGAGUCAGAUGGCGAGCAGGGGAAAGAGGACGAAGAGCCACCGAGCUCCGUUUCCUCUGUAGAAAAGGACUCUGAGAUAAGAACUUCACCGUCACCCUCUGACUUUCAGACUGCUCCGCUGGAGAGCCAGGCCUCUCCACAAAGUCAUGAGGAGGAUGAUAAUAUGGAGAUUUGUGCAGAGUCAGAAGAAUUAAACAAUGAAGAAUCUUCACAGGAACUUAAAGCUGAAUCAUGUGAGAAUUCUCCACAACCAGCUUCACCCUCUGCUGGAGAGUCGGAGGAUGACAUGGCUGUCCCGGAAUCCAAAGCAUCUGACGCUGCCGAUAGAGAGAAAGUUGCAUCAGAAGAGCCAUUAGUUGUUGACAGCACAGCAGAAGGCACCAAGGAUGACUGUCCAUCCAAGGAUGACACUGAAGUUGUCGCGAUGGACUGCAGUUCACCUAUCAGUGAGCAUGGUAACGAUUCUAUUUUAGAACAACCGAAGGAGAGCGCUGCCUCAGCUGCUGCGGAACCUCCUGCUUCCGAAAGUGAGGUUUCCAAGGACGAGAGCCGCAAGGACCAACAGGAGAGAGAAAAGAGCCAAGAGAGGAAGAAUGGCCGACAGCGCCGCUCUCGCUUCCACUCCCCAAGUUCUACCUGGUCACCUAAGAGGGAGUCCAAGCGAGAAUCAUCCAGGCGAUCACGCUCACGGUCUAGAGAACGUGACGGCAGUCCUCCCUCUAGCCGCUCGUCCCGAGCUCGGAGCAGAGAGAGAGACAGGGAGCGGGACAGCGAGAGAGACUAUUCUAGGAGAGAGCGUAGUCGUGAAAGGAGGAGGCGUCGGUCGAGGAGUCGCUCUCGGUCCAGGUCUCGGUCUCGGUCUGGCUCACGAUCCAGAACAAGGUCCUACAGGCGAGGGGCCAGCCCUGAACGGCCGGCCUCCAGAGAGCAGUCUCCCCAGAGGAAGGAGCGCAGAGGCGGCUGGAGGUCUGGGCAGGGCAGUGGGCCUGGUGGUGAGGGACGGAGGUAUCAAGGAGGCGCUGGGCGCUCUGAAAAUGGUGUGCCUACAGAAAGUUCCCCCGAACGCCAGGGCUGGUCAGAGAAUCCUGACUGGGUUACAGAGAAGAGUCGUGGUGAAGCUGACAGCAGGAACCGUGACUCCAGCGGCGGCUCACGCUGGGAAGACAGCCGCAACAGUGGCGGGAGAGGAGAGCCGCGGGGUCGGGGCGGUCGUGGAGGGUUUGACCGCGGCCGGGCGGGAGGACGGGGCGGCAGCAACCGUAGCUUCUACAACCAGCAGGAGGAAGCAGGCGACAACCGCUGGCAGCCCAGAAACAACUUCUCAGGUACAGGCAACAAUUCAGGGAAUGACGCGUACAGCCGCUUCAAUGAAAACCGGGGCGGUGGCCGGAGGAAAGAUUCAGACCAGGGAGACAUGGUUGACAGGUCGGGCUGGUCAUCAGCAUCCAGCUGGGCUGUAAGGAGGACACUACCCGCAGACGUUCAGGAUUAUUAUUCCAAGAGGGAGAGAGGACCUGGAGGCUGGAACCGACAGGAGGAGGAGCAGCCAGGAGCAGCAGCGGCGGCAGCAGCAGCAACAGCAGAUCCCACUAAAAGCGAGCCCGCUGCCCAGGCAGUCCCUGGUAAUGCUCCGGUGCCCGUGAUGAACGCGAUUCCUCCUCAGCUGAAUGUCCUUCACCAUCACUACCCCAUGCAGGGCCCGCGAGGACCUCUGCCAGUCAGCUUGCAGCCAGCGGCACCGUACGCCAUGCCUCCUCAGGUCCCCGUGCAUCUCCACCCCGCUGUACCACUGCUUCAGGUCCCUGCUGUCGCCACUCAGGGCCUCCCGCCUCCUCCCCCACCACCUCCACCCAUGCAGCAAGGCAGCCAGACAGCUGCAGCUCAGUCUGACAGCUACAUGACACAGAUGGCCAAUACAAUGGGUUAUGGGAAACCUGCCCUUCUCCCCACCCCAACCAAAGCUGUGCCGACCCAGGCCCACCUGGCACCCAGUCAGGUGUUACCAUCCUCUACAACUCAGCCCGGCCAUUAUAACAGGGCUCAAGCUGACAGCUCCAAAAAAGAAAAGAAACAACAGAUCCAAGAGAGAGCUGUAAAUGAAGUGAAGACAGCCAUCAAACCCUUUUACCAAAGGAAGGAAAUCACAAAGGACGAGUACAAAGAGAUUGUCCGUAAAGCUGUAGAGAAGGUGUGUCACAGCAAGAGUGGUGAGGUGAACUCCAGUAAGGUGGCGAACCUGGUGAAGGCCUACGUGGACAAAUACAAGCACGCCCGCAAGAAGUGAAGCCCCGCCCUGCUGCCGGCGUGGCGAUGCCCUCACAGACCCAUUCAGCUGCUCAAGUGCAAUUUCCUCUUGCUGGAAUUUGGCCUCCAAACUGAAAGACAACGGAGCGCCGACAUUUUCUUUUUGAUAUCUACCUUUUAUUGAAUGAUGAAGAUUUUUUUCUAUAGAUUUUCAUAUUUUGUUAGAAAAAAAAGAAUUACCCAAUCAGAAAUUGUAAUGCAAGAGCCCUUUAUUUUGCAUAGAUCAUGUGACUUGGGAACUACUGUAAGGAGCGCAGGGUAGCGUGUGGGGGUGGGACGGUUCAUACUAAAGAUGCAACGCUCAGUGAACGACAACAGCUCAUGUAGUGGGGAGCCUCUCCCAGGGUGCCGGCUGGUACGAUGAAUAUCUCCUAUUCGGCAUCCUGACGGCAUAGCUUAUUAAUUGAAUAUUGUCAAUGUUCUUUUUUUAAAAUAUUAUAUAAUAUUUCAGAUGAAAGCCUAGUUUAAAAAACAGUGCAUUGCCUUUAUUAAUCUCUGUGGCCCGAUGACGGGCUGGAAUCUGAUGCGUGUGAUUGUAAUCAGGGCCCUGAUUGGUUUAGAAGAUGCUAAGUGAGACGGCCAAUCAGCAGUGAGUGUGUAAUGUAAGGCAUAGGACCUGGGGGGGGGGGGAGGCAGAUGGAGUGAAUUGAACCCCACCCCCCUGCCUGAAUGUGUAAUAAAUGUCAAUGGAUGAACAUGAACGUUGCAAAGUAUCCAGAGAGUAGUGAAAUAAAUUAGCUGCUUCCUGA